CUCAAAAACCGGUCCUGUUGCACAUACGCAACAUAAGCAUUUUCAAGACUUCGGGUCGUGAAUGGCAGUUAUCAUUCUUGUAAGCCGAUUAGUUGUAGUUGACUUGAAGCGUGACCCUCGCGGCGGUGCCGGGGUAGGAUGAUAAACUUGGGGGGCAGUGAGACCCAGUGGCAUUUUUCAUAUAACGAACACCCCCACCAGGACUGGGGAAUACGGGCGGCCUCGUUUCUAUUUCUAGAGUGAGCUGAUUCAGACGGACAGCGUCCAACUUGGAAUGACAAAUCUAGAGCCACACUCCGUAGCACUAGAAGGGGUUUAAGUCAACUUUAAUACAACAAAAAAAAACAGGAAAAUGGAUAAUAAUUUACAAGAAGAUGGUGAUAGGGUCGAGCCCGAGAUUUCUGUCACAGAGUCACAGGAUGAUCCGUCUGAGGAAGGGGUUAUCGACGAGGAAGAUGACGUCGAAGAGCUCCACAACAGUCUGAAGCAGAUAGUGCAGGAUGAAGCUGUGAAGCCCAGGCUCCAGUGCGUGAUGAUGGACCCCUCCUUCUCCAUGGUGACGGUGCAGAGCGAGGACAGCGGGAUCGUGUGGGAGACGGCCUCCAGCCGCUGCUCCACCCCCUGGGCCUCCGAGGCCAGCUCCACCUCUGACGCCUACAGCCUGGAGGGCUCGGGCACCCAGGGCAAGAUCGUCAUCAUCAUGGACGAGGACAAAAUCAUCCGUAAAAGGAAAAAAAGGAGUGGCCGAGGCAAGCUGGGGGAGCGGCUGAGAAGACCAUCCUCCAGAAAUUUCCCUGGUGGGAACGAAAGGCCAGUUAUGACCGAGGUCUCUGUGCCUAAUGUGAGACCUGAAAACACUGAGGAAAAUGGCGAGUCUAAACUGGAUAAAGAACAGGAGUUAUUUAGCCUGGUGUCAGAGGGCUAUGAGAUACUUAACAUUUUAGUUCCUUCAAGACUCCCUACAGUCGAUGAAGAGGACAGCACUGAACUGGCAGACAACCUAUCUUAUCUGGAGGAGAACCCAAGGAUUAAAUCAACCACAAAAUAUGAACAAACACAUGAUGAAAUAGAAGAGGAUGACCAGGUAAUAGUACAAGUGGAAGUCAUUAAUGAAGAACCCUCUGCCCCAGCCUCGACUGAUAAACAAACUUUGAAGGAUGGAACCAGUGAUAUGGAUUAUUUUGAGAAGUUUACCUUGUUGGAUGAGCAUAUUCCAAGUGUGGAUGCAGAGGAGAAAACAGAAACAGGUGGAACUGAAGGAGACCAAACUUCCCCAAAUCAUGAGAAAGACGGUUUGUCAGCAUCUGAUGACACAUUUGUUUUUGUCACUGAUGUUGAAAUAGCGAGUGAGCAUCUCGAUGAGGUGUUUUAUGGUAAUGGACAAGAUGAACAUGGUAUCAACAGGCAAUUUGAGAAUGAGGAAGAAGACAGUACGGAUGAAAGGGAACCCUUAAAAUCUGUGGUGAAGGAGAGUGGUUCAUCCUUAUUUGGGAGUGAAGACACAAUUCUUACACCUAUUUUCCUGCCUGCUGGACCACCGAAAAUCAUAGAUCCCAUUCUUCUGGAGGAGCCGCCUGCAAUGUCAUUCCACUACUCAGAUCUCUACGAGGACGCAAUAGGUGUUAGAUUGAAAGAAGAGGAUAUGUCCGAUGUGGAGAGUGUAGUCUCUGAGAAGUCCCUACAAAGAAGGCUGUCGGACUCUGAUGAUGCAAGCGGAUACUUGGAAAAGUUUAUUUUAAAAGACGAGACUCCUCAGAUUGAGGAUGAGCCUGUAACAGAUGAUCCCCCAGAAGAAGGGGCCAGAUUGAUAUGGUCUCAAAGCAAAUUUGAGCUCACGGGCUGCCUGACUCGUGUAGAGGAAGAGGAUGACGUUAAGGAAGAAAAGGAAAAGGAAACAACUGCCGAAAGUUUUAGGAGAAGCCCAAUUCCAUGUGAAGAUGAAGACUGUGAUGCAGUCCUUAAGACCUCGGAGGACAAAACUGAAGAUUUACAGAGGCCUGAUCUGCAGGAGGAGAUAGCCAGGAUAGAGAGAAAGAGUCCAGAUGUGUGUAGUGAGGUUCUUGAAAGCCCAGUUCCAUGUGAUGAUGAAGAAUGUGAGGCAGUCAUUAAGACCUCAGAGGACAAAACUGAAGAUUUACAGAGGCCUGAUCUGCAGGAGGAGAUAGCCAGGAUAGAGAGAAAGAGUCCAGAUGUGUGUGGUGAGGUUUUUGAAAGUCCAGUUCCAUGUGACAAUGAAGAAUGUGAGGCAGUCAUUAUGACCUUGGAGGACAAAACUGAAGAUUUACAGAGGCCUGAUCUGCAGGAGGAGAUAGCCAGGGCAGAGAGAAAGAGUCCAGAGGUGUGCAAUGAGGUUUCUGAAAGUCAGGUAGAAGAUGUUGAAAAAACAAUUGAAGAUGACAAAACCGAGGCAGAGAGAACUGAGCCUUCAGUUUGUCUGGCAGAUCAGGAAAUAGAACUUAAACCUGAAGAAGCAUCUGAAGAAAUGGACAGUGUUAAGGAAAUCACCACAGAUUCAACAGAAGUAGUUGCUAAAAGCUCUGAAAUCAUAUAUGAGGAAGUAGUCCCCAGCAAAGAAGAAGAUCAAGUAAAAUCUGAUGACGCUGCAGUAGAUCAGGAGAUUGAAAUUAUGGAUCAAGAAAUACCCACUGAGAUUACGCCUGUGAUGCCUGAAAAAGUGUGUGAAGAAGUAGCCAGUGGUAGAGAAACUGCAGAAGAUAAAAUAGAGGAUUCAGCUGUAGCUCAGAGCCCUGAAAGCACAACAGAGGAGGUAGUACCAGAUACAGAUGAAAUUAACAGAACUGAAGAGGCUGCUUUAGAUCAGGAGAUCCCAAUUAUGCAGAAAGAAAUAGUCCCUGAAGUGACAGUUGUUAAGCCAGAAGAGACGUGUGAGGAAGCAGUCAUUGAUGAGGAAAUUGUCAAAGAGAAGGUGGCAGAAUCAGUAGACGUUGAGAGGCCUGAAAUUGUGCAUGAGGAAAUUGUCACUGACAGUGAAAAUAUUGAAAUGAGAGCUGAUCACGAAAGUGUAGAUCAGGAAGCUGAAGUGGCAGUUGUAGUUGUGGAGCCUGAGGAUACGUUCAAAGAUGCAACUGAGGAGCCAGAAAGCAUAGCACAUAAAAUAAUCACUGCCAGUGACAUUUCAAGAGGUGUUACAGAUGUGGAGAGCAAGGAUGUAGCUUGUUUAAAAUGUGAACCUCCAGAUGAUACUGUACCCACAUCUGAGAAAGAGCUUGAAGAAGAAUCCCCAGUUUUAGCGAUAGGAGCUAGAGAGGACCUGACUGAGCAGGAACUGUCAGAAACUGAACAGAUAAUUGAGAUGGAGCCUAAAACAUCAGCAGAUGACCAAACAUCGUUGAUCAAAGAGGAAAAGGAGCCUAUUUUGCUGGAGGACACUGGUCUCCAGCACUCAGAUGAUGGGAGGAAUUCUCUGGAAGUAGAGAUAGAAGCAGAGAGAGAUCACAUUGAUAAGGGAGCAGAUAGGGAACUUCUCACUAUUCAUGAGUGGCACAGAGAUGCCCAGUCCAAACCAAAUUUGGGACUUGGUGAAAAGAGGGAGAGGAUGUUCAGGUUGUCCCCACUAGUUAUGGCUGAAUCAGCAGAGGAUGGGGAGGAGGAUGAAGGCCUGAGGCCUGUGCUCAGGAGUUUCUCCCCUCAGGAGGACCUCUCUGCUUUCGGCGAAGACCCCGCACUCUUGGCGCCAGAGCCAUUCCAGUUUUUACACCACGAUGAGGAGGAGGAAGUGCCCAUGGAACUGGAUUACGAGGUCAUCACCCAGCAAGAGGCAAGGGAGCUCCCAGAACUGGAGACCGAAGAAGUCAAAGUCACAGAAGCUGAGGAACCUCCUGAUGAAGACCGCAAUUCCAUGCCAGAGGUGGACAGAGAUCAAGGGCUCGAGGCAGACUACGAAAUCAUUGAAUCCUUGAAGGGAAUCCCCCUGUCUGAGGCCGAACUGGCCGAAGCUGAUUUGAAAAGACAGACCCUCGACACCUUCUGUUUGGUCUGCCAGUGCCCAAUUUCAUCUGAAGAUAAACUCACAAGUAAACAUCAGGACCAUGAUGUCAUGACUGUGGAACAGGCAUAUGAGGAUAUAAGGAAUAAGCUGAGUGAGCGGAUAGCUGUCUUGCAAGAAAGAUCCGAAAAUGUUACCGACCUUGUGUCAGAACUUGAGUUGGCGUACAAUUCUGUAGAGGAGCACUGUAAAGCCAGCGAGCAGGGCCUGGAUGAGCAGAAUGAGGAGAUCAUGAGGAUGGUGAUGGAUCAGUACAACGACAUGUCCCACAACAUGGAGGAGGGGAAGAAGGCCAAGCUGGAGCAGCUCUAUGACCGCAUCGUCUCCUUCCAGGAGAGCAUCGACUCGGCCAAGGAAGCCCUGGAGAAGUCCACCAAGGAGAUCGAGGAGACGAAUCCUCUCACACUGGUGUCUUCAUCCAAAGACAUUAACACAAGCCUGACCACUGCUCUGGAUGCUGCCCUCUCAUUGGAGCUCACCCCCAGCGCAUUCCCUCUGUUUGAGGACUACGCCAAGAGCCCCCCUGGGAAUGGUCGGAAGGAACUGAAAGGAAUCCCAGUCCCUCAGAAGCCCCACCUACAGCCCCAAGAGCCCAGUUCCGCCACCAGCACCUCUGUCACUGUGUACUGGAGGGUCAACGAAGGCGACAUCAUCGACUGCUUCCAGGUCUACUGCAUGGAGGAGCCACAAGGAGCUGUCUCUGAGGAGUACAGAGUGACGGUGAAGGAGAGCUACUGUACAUUGGAGGACCUGGAAGCAGACAAGUGCUACAAGGUGUGGGUGAUGGCCGUCAACUACACGGGCUGCAGCCUCCCGAGUGACAAACUAUCCUUCAGAACCGCACCUUCUGUUCCCGCGAUCGACACUGAGCGCUGCACGGUAUGCUGGGAUUCUGCCACCAUUCGCUGGAGCCCCACCCACCCAGACGCAGCGGAGUGCUACACCCUGGAGUACUGCCGCCAAUACGCCUGUGAGGGGGAGGGGCUGAGAUCCAUCUCUGCGAUACGGACAUGUGAGCAGAAGGUUCUCCUGCACCCCAAUGAGAAUUACCUCUUCUACAUCAAAGCCGCAAAUGCUUUCGGAGCCAGUGAGCAGAGCGAGGCAGCUCUCAUCUCCACCAGAGGCACCAGGUUCCACUUCCUGCCGGAGUCGGCUCACCCGGCUCUGGAGCUGUCUGCAGACCGGACCACAGUGCGCUAUCCUGAGGAGGCCUACAGCCUGCAAACAUCCACCAACGAGUGUGUGGAGAUCCAGGGGGAGCUGCUGCCUCCUCGAGGGCACCAUUACUGGGAGACGGCGGUGGACGGGAGCGAUGCCUACAGGAUCGGCGUGGCGUACGCCUCACCCGCCCGGGACUGCCCGCUCGGAGAGGACAGCACGUCAUGGUGCCUUCACUGUGUUCCCACGGCAACCAGCUGCAGGUUCGAGCUCCUGCACGACAGCACGCAGACGGCCAUCUUCACGGUGGAGGUGCCCGUGAGGGUGGGUGUCCUCCUGGACUUCCUGCGCGGGCGGCUGUCCUUCUUCAACGCGCAGAGCGGGCAGCUCCUGGGCUCGCACUGGCACCGCUUCUCCCGCGGCUGCCAUGCCCUGCUGGCCCUGGAGCAGCCUGGGGCCCUGGGGCUGGGCAUGGUCUCCGAGGUGCCCGAAUUCGCCAAGCACUGACCCAUGCCGCGCUCGCCACAUCCACCCUAAACACGGCCUGCAGAAAAAUACAGCUCAAGGUAGCCGGUUAAUCAGUUCAGACCGGUUCUCAGCUCGACAUGGUGGGGCUGGUUAACCAGUUCAGACCGGCUCCCAGCUCAACAUGGCUUAUCUGGUUGACCAGUUCAGGCCAGCUCCCAUCUUGGCAUGAUUUAACCAGCUCAAGCUAUGUUUUGAAACAGCUCAGACAGGCUACCAGUGUAAGUUGGUAGACCAGCUCAUACCCAGCUAGACCAGCUUAUGACCAGCUUGACCAGCUCAAUUUUCAAGCUGGUUAAGCUGGUUUAGCUGGAUUUUACGGCAGGGCGUACAUCAAUCACAUUGACCCAAAAUGUAUACAUCAACCACCUCAGCAACGUGUACACAGCAACAUGAUUGUGUUCAGAUUUUAUGAGCAUAGAAACAUUGGUUUAUUGAUUUAUCACAGUUGCGUAGUACUGUAAAUUCAUACUUUUUUUGUUUAUAGCAGUGUAGUGUUUAGCAGUGUAUUGAAGCACUGCUAAACACUUAACUAAGGUUAUGUGCAAUGGUUAAGAUGGUUUCAGAGAAAAAACAACUGUAAAUAUUUUUAAGAGAAUAUCUUUAACAGUGUAAUUCAUAAAAGAUUAGAGGGCUUUCUCACCGUUUAGCCUGCCUCUAUGUUGCACUUAGCAUUAGCUGUGAGUAGUGUGAUAGUGUGGUCUUCGUGCUGGUCGCUUGUGCAGUGAAUGGAGCUAAUGCACGUGUCCGCAACUCUGUGAUAUCAGCCAAUAUCGCCUUUGGAGAGAAAAGUAGGCUGUUGGUUAACAUCAGUCAGAGCCUGGCAACAGGUGGCAGCAGACUCCAUUUCGCUGUCCAGGAGAGCAUCAUCACCCUGAAAAGCAGGCUGUCACCCUUUCAUCAUAUGAGACUGACAGUGACACCGGCAGCCAUUUUUUUAUCAGUGAUGAAGAGAUGAUCACGGGUGAUGAAAGUUGUUGGGGCACUGAUUUAGUGGUGCUGAAUGAAAGGCUUCUGUGUCUGUGGAAUGGCAUGACUGUGGUCAGAGAUGCAUCUGAGACCUGAGAGAAUGAGCAGGUAUCUGCUGAGAAUAAACCUUUACAUUUUUUGGAUCCGUAAGCCUUGCUCAAGUAUAUUAAUGAUGAACAAAAAUUGUUAUAGAGAUAAGAUGAUAGAAAGUUGAAUAUAAGGUAACUAUAGUAGAACAAUAGACAUUGAGGACAAUGCACAAGUCCUGACUUUUUAGAUUCUUGAUGAGGCAGCCAAAAGCAACUAUUUUGGCAGAGUGCACAACAAGAGUGUACACUAUGAGGCCUGCAUGGGUCUGUGCAUGUGUGAAUUCAAUUAAUGUGCUUCAUUUAUUCUACAAACACACACAUUCUUCAGCGAAUGAGGGCAGAUUUGGCUGAAGAAUGAACACAGUUGUGUGUGAAGUGUGUUUGAGAUGUAAUAUGAGCAAUUUUUGUUCAUUUUCAUCUUCACCUUUUUUGGGUUCUCAGCACUUUGAAACCAAGGCCACUUCAGCUAAAAUGUUUUUAGAUCGAAAGGAUGUAUUUGAAGUAUUUAUUAUUUCAUCAUUGUAGUUGUUUUGCAUAUGGAAAAAAAAAGUUUUUUUCAUAAACCAAUGUCUCGGUACUCCCUGUCUAUGAGGAAAAGUAGGCAUUGGCCUUCAUAUUUAAUUUCAACAUGUGUGCCAAAUUAUUUUGCUCAAAUUAUAUUUUUACAUGAUGGCAUAUAUUACUGCAUUGGUUUGUAGCGUAUUCAGGUGGAAUCUGAAAAUAAAAGAUAUUCUGCAGGCUUUGUUUUAAUUCUUGUAUUUGUUUUUCAUUAACAAAGCUUUCUUAAAGCAGGGUUUGAGGCUAUUGAUCCAUUAUUGUGUCCAUGGCAAUAGCUGAAUAUGUUACAUUUUUACGUUGUUACUGUAGACUUCAACUGCCUACUCCCUCUCAAACUCACAGCACUAGAAUAUAGAAGCUACCCAUGUUUUCAUAGUCGUGUUACCUUGUUAAGGACUGUUGGUCAGGUGUCAAACGUAGGAGAGGUGCAUGUCUGUUUGACUGUAGUUGACCUUUUCUCAUAAAAAUUUAAAACAAGUUGCUAAAAUUGUAAUAACUUUUUUUCACCAGUGUGCAUGCAGUUUGCAUAUUGUUCUGUGAAUAUUGUGUUUUGUGUAAAUACGCUUUGUACUUGGAGUGCCACAGUUUUCUUUCAUUCUUGGCCAAAAAAUCAUCAUAAUCUAUGAUGUUUUCUGAUUUAGCAUGGGGGAGGGGGGAAGAGUGGCUAAAGGAGGAUCACACUUAACAUUGUACAUUGUGUAUUUCUGAAUUGUAUAAUAGUUCCCUUUAAUGUGUAGAUGGUCAUUGGUUGAUAUAAAAAGAUGCAUUCAUAUACAUUUCAUGAAUUAAUAUUGUAAAAUGAAUCAUCAUUAUGAGAAAAUGUUUUUUUCUUUCGAAUUAUGAAAAUCAGUGAUGGCUGUCUUAUAUAAGAAGAAUUCUUUUUUUAGACAAAGACUUAUUUUUAUAUACAAAAGCCGUUAUUUAGAUAAAUUGGUAGAUAUCUUUGGAUCGGUAAUCUUGGAUAUUAUUAGAAUCUAUUAUAACAACAUGCGUGUAUACAAUCUUGGGUAGCUUUACAAGCACAUGAAACACAGCUACAAGACUGGGCUGCGUUUCCCGAAGCCUUAACGCUACGUCGUUCGUAAGUUAUACCUUAAGCUCUACCUUAAUGUUUCAGCGUGUUUCCCGAAACGUUCUUAGCUAAGUAUACCUUCUGUACGUCGCACUUUCGUAAGUUGGUCUGGACCACUCUUAGCUAUACCUUAGCGAUGUUGUCGGCUCACUUCGCUAGUGGCCACCACUGUUACGACCGCAAGCCUCUGAAAUCAGCUGUCGUAGUUAGCUACAUCUCAAUAGUGUACAAGCAAUAUGUACACUAAUAAUUCUACAGUUGUAGUUGGCUAAUAAUAUUACUAAAAUAACACGUGUUGCACUCUAUUGAACAUUAUCUAUUAUCUAUUGCUUAAUUGCCUUUUAAAUUACAUUUAUAAAUUGACGAUUUCCCACUCCCUCUGUGGGCUGGAGCGAUUCUUGUUCUUUCUUUGUUUUGUUGGGACACCGUAGUCCUAAAACUGGAAAAUAAUUCCCACGCCACGUCCUCUAACAAUGUCUCCAUUUCGUUUCCUGUGAAGCUGACUGCUUUUUUCUUUGUUUUUUUUCCGCCAUAGUUUAUGUUGUUUUCUUGUUGGAGUGUUUUGCUUGUUGGUGCGCUUUUAUUGAAAACGUCAAGAAGAGUCAGCUAAUAAUGAAUUACACCUGUAAUGUUAUGGUACUUCUGGCAAAUCAAUCCUGAUUGCAAAGUCAUGUAAGGCACCAUGGCAAAGCUAAUGUAAAAUAAUGUAAAUAAAACAUGACAUCCUAAAGAAGGCCUAUUGCUAGGUGGCAUAGCGGGACGAGGUGUGAUAUCACAAUCUGACAUCACAAACCGUAUAUAUCAUUUGCCGAAAAUUAUAUAUACGGUUGGAUAAUUUCGUUUGUAAGUUUUUAAUUCUAUUAAUACGUUCCCACCAGUUGUGAUAAAUGCAAUAUUUUAAAGUAUUCCUGCAGUGUUCUAUUCAUAAAGAACACUACUUUCCCUCAUAACGCAGUCAAACAGUUGCUGCAUGGAGUGAAUAAUCGAUCUUAGAAAGGUCGAUGGGCCUAGUAACUUAGGUAACCUCCUAAGGGAUAGUUCGGGGAACACGCCUAGAAAAGUAAACAACUUUAGUAAGGUAUACCUUUCGAGUCUUCGUAAAACGCUAAGAGACACCGUUAUCGGGAAACCCUGGACACUUAUGAUUUUCAAGAGCAUUACCUUUAACUCUUCCCAAUACAUUUCCCUGGAAUUGUAAGAACAAUCUCAAUGACAUUUUAUAUGUUUUGCUGAAGUACUAAUUAUUUUUCGAUGACCAAAGUAUUGUUUGGACAAGCAGUCCUCCCUCAGAGCGGACAUUUUCUCUGAGUGCUGUGUGCCUGGCUGUACACACGAGUAGGCCGUGUUUUUGCUGUGUGUUUUUUCUGAGGACAGCUGUGUUUUAUGAGCGUCUUAUUUUAGACACCGCAAGUCACCAUGCCGCAGCACUGGAAACAUUGACUUAAGCUGACUCUUCAGGGCAGUUGUCUCAAACUCAUUGCCACAGAGGGCGGUAUGUAUGCAGGUUUUCAUUCCAACCUAUUAAUGCUGCCUUAAUUGAUUCCAAUUAUUACUCAUUCAGCCAUAUGCAUUUAACUGCAUGAAAUACAGUUAAAUAAGCACAGGACAUAGGUAACCGUUGUUAUUUAGACAACAGAACACAUUUAAUAUUAUAUACAUUAUGUGCACACCUAUUGCCCUAAAUUGAGCAAAUAAUUGAAGUAAUUAUGUAAUGAAUAUCUGAGGCUGGAAUAAAAAGCAGCACACGGCCCUCCACGGCAGACCACUGCUCAGUGUGGUUGCUCAGUGGGUGGGGAGAAGAGGGUGACUGUUCAGUUACAGCGACAAACUCUCUUAUGAGUAUGACAGAAUGUACAUUUUAUAUUGCUUAUGUGUGCAUGUAGUAGACUGCUGGUGCUGUAUGUGAAAGAACAGAUCACGGUGGUUCAACUAUCAAAUUUGAGUUUGUUAGUUGAGGCCAUUUUAAAGCCAAAGCAAUUUUGUGUGAACAUUUUUUCCCCUGUGGCUGUUUCUCAGUUAAGUUAUUUGUGUGAAAAGUUUCCAUUUGUGCAGAUGUCAGUUUACUCUGACACCACAUCACUUUGACUGAAUGUGAUACAGUUGAAAAGACACAGGUGGAAAUGAAAUGGCAAUAAAAAAGGAUUGAGUUUUAUGAA